AGGCGGGUAUCGCUGCCUACAUGGUGAGAGCAGCAAGACCGCACACACAACAGGGCCUUCGUCGCAAUGUUUCUCUAAACGUGGUCAACGACCAAACCGGCAACUCUUGCCAGCCGAGAUCGGUGCCAAAAUAGCCAUGGAACUGACUGUGCAAAGCCGGCAGACCUCCAAACAAAACUCCCGGACCCACAUAAAUGGUGCCAACACUUUCAAAGGCGAUGUGCCACAGCCGAACUUCAAUGGAAACGAGAAGUAUAGCACCACCCGCUUGUAUGCCGAUAUCAUCGGAGUGGAAAACAGCUACAGUGUUCCUCUCAAGCCUGAAGGCCCUCGUAGCAGCGUCACACUGGAGUGGAAGAACGUUUCAUACGCCGUUAAACAACGAAAAGAAAAGAAGACGCUUGUCAAAAGCAUGUACGGAAAAGCACUCCCCGGCACGAUGACUGCCAUAAUGGGGCCUUCCGGAGCUGGAAAAACAACGCUCAUGAACGUGCUUUCCGGUCAUUAUGAAAAAGGCUACGAAGGGGAAGUCCAGGUGAACGGCUGGAUUCGCGACACGGAGCUGUUCAACCGGCAGAGCUGCUACGUGAUGCAGGAUGAUUGCCUUUUACCGGAACUGACCGUGCGGGAGUCGCUGGACAUGAGCAUCCGUCUCCGCAUGCCUUCUCUGCAGCCCGCCAAGCGAGCACACUUUGUGAACAAUGCUCUGUCUCGGUGGGGGCUGGAAGACUGCCACAACACGAGAGCCGGUCAGCUGUCCGGCGGGCAGCGCAAGCGCCUCUCGAUUGCGCAAGAAGUCGUCAGCAAUCCUCCUGUCAUCUUCCUCGAUGAACCGACCAGUGGCCUGGAUUCAAGCUCAGCUCUUCGCUGCGUUUCCGUGAUGAAAAGCCUCGCUUCAGCUGGACACACGAUUAUAUGCUCUAUUCACAAUCCGAGUGCAAAGCUGUUCUACUACUUCGACAUGUUGUAUAUGAUAUCAAAUGGAAGCUGCAUAUAUAACGGUUCAGUGCAGGAACUUCUGCCUUUUCUGCAAACUCAAGGUUUGAACUGUCCAACGCACCAUAACCCAGCCGAUUACAUAACAGAGAUCGCUUCUGGAGAACAUGGCGACGUGCAGACACAACUAUCUGUACACUUCAUGCCACAGGGUGUUGACGCCGGCUCUGGCAACGUGAUACUCUCUUCUGAACGUUCAAUUACACGUUACGGAGGUCGUAUUAUGACAAGGCAGGAACUUGAAGACGCACGGGCACAACACAGGGAAAACGUGAGCUACAUUGUUCAAUUUACGGUGCUCCUGCGAAGAUGUUUUCUGUGUAUCGUCAGAAACCAGGUGGCGACACAUCUGCGCUACGCUGCCUACCUUGCAUUUGCGGUAAUGCUAAUAGCGCUCUUCUACGGCAUCGGUGACGAAGCCGCUCGAGCGAUAAACAAUUUAUCUUUAGUUAUACUUAUGCUGUCCAUACUGCUCUUCCAGUCAACAAUGCCGACUGCCAUGAUCUUUCCAACUGAACUGAGUGUAUUGCUGCGCGAGAACCGAAAUUGUUGGUACAAGCCUGGGAUGUAUUACAUCGCCAGAGUGUUGACUGAGGUCCCCUUCAUGCUACUCGGGCCAACUGCGAUGGUUGUUGCCGUCUACUGGGCCACAUCGCAACCGGCUGAAUUGUGGCGACUCGCCUCCGUGGUGCUUUUGUGUCUUCAAACGUGCUCAACGACUCAGGGAUUAGCUCUCGUCGUGUCAGCCUCGACCAGCGCUCAGACGGCUCUCUUUGUGGCGCUCCCAGCUGCGUCACCAUCGUUCCUGUUCAGCGGUUACUUUAUGCCUCCAAAGCUGCUCCACCCAGCGGUGGCCUGGGUAACCCAGUUGUCCCACCUCCACCAUGCGCUUCAAGGCAUACUGUACGCAUUGUACGGCAGCGGACGGGCCGAAUUGCACUGCGACGAAGACACGUUCUGCUUCUUCGCCGACCCCGAGCAAGUCCUCGCGGAGACGGGCGCUGAGGACGCCUGGCUACCAUUGAAGUUUUGUAUCUUGCUCGCCAUGGACGCCAUGUACAAGACCAUCGCUUACGUCAUUCUCCGGUGGCGUCUCCGACUGAAGAAGUAGUUCUCUCCUCGCAAGAUGUUCGCGCGGCGAGCAGAUACGUAGAUGCCCACACUCAUCCAUUCAGAAUUCUGACGACCCAAGCGAGACGACCGCAGAAACGGCUCACUAUUGUGUAUUACUGUGAUAACUCUUACAUGAGACACACUACUCACUGUUUUCUUAAUUCCUGACGGAAGUCGGAGCACCGAGCGGAAAGCAGUUGUGCAUUAAAGGCUACACUUUUA